AUGGGAAUCGACUCAUAUAAUCCAACAGUACGUGCGCGCCUUUCUAAUGCUCCAAAGACUCGAAUUCUCAAUUUGAAAGAGUCUGCGUUGCAUAGAAUUCCGGAUGACGUCGAAAAAAUGUUUAUGAUACGUACUCUAAAUUUGAGUAUUAAUUAUUUAAUAACUCUUCCCUCUUAUAUCAGAAAAUUUACUCAAUUAAAAACGCUGGAUCUCUCCAGAAACCCAUUAGAAUCCCUUCCCGAUGAACUUGGCUUACUCACUAGUCUUGAAAAUCUUAUUGUGAAUAGCACCAAAGUAGGUCAAUUCCCAAAUACGCUAUCCGGCUGCGAGAAUCUAAAAAAUAUCGAAGCAUGCGAAAUACAACUUGUCUCAUUCCCCGUUGUUUUCUGUGAACUCAAAAAUGUUGAAACCCUGUUAUUGACUGGAAAUCGAAUCGACUCUAUUCCUGAUGAGAUAAGAAAUUUAAAAGCCAUAAACGUUCAAUUGAACAAGAACCGGCUGAGAAGUUUGAAUGCGCCUAAUUUGAAGUUAUGCGAGCGCCUUCGUGUUCUCAAUGUUGACAACAAUCAAUUAUCAAGAGAUGAAAUCGAAAACUUAGUGCUCAAUUCGCCUGAAAUCAAAAUAUCAUUUGAAAAUAAUGUUUCCCAAGUGCACACCGAAGACCUUCAGGAAAUGGGGAACGAAUCUUCCAAAUCUAAGUCAUUAGGCGAAAGCGCUAGAAAAAUAGUUGGAAAAUCAGGCCCUUCUUCUUCAACAGUCAACAAACAUCUAGAAAUGGCGACCAAAAGUCGAAUUCUUCAAUUGAAAGGAUCUGGAUUGAAAAAAGUUCCUGAAGAAAUAGAAAAACUCGCCGACAUUUUGAGAAAUCUUGACCUCAGCGACAAUAAAAUUCGCAUAAUUCCAACUUUUAUUGGAAAUUUUUCGCAAUUAAAACAGCUUCAUUUAGCAAACAAUUGUAUAGAAAUUCUCCCGGACAAGAUUGGUCAUUUAAAAAAACUGGAAAUACUGAAUUUGGCUGGAAAUAAAUUGUCGUCGUUGCCUGAUACGUUAGCAGGAUGCACGGAGUUGAAGAGCAUAGACAUCUCUUCAAAUUCCUUCACGAUAUUUCCAGCCGCUGUUUUCACAAUUCUUCAGUUUGACGUUUUGAAUCUCGACGCAAAUCAACUUCAAACGCUACCUGACGAGAUUUGCCAGCUCAAAGUAAUUGAACUUUCAAUGAAUCAAAAUCGUCUGCAAAGUCUAAACGCGGAAAACCUUCUGAAAUGUCCAAGACUGCGCACACUUCGCGUCGAGGAAAAUUGUCUCGAAAAGACGGAAUUCACAAGGGAACUUCUCGAGAAUUCGGCGAUUUCUCGAAUAGCUUAUCAAGGAAAUUUGUUCCAGAUGAAAGAAUUUCAAGAUUUGAACGGGUAUGAUACGUAUCAGGAAAGAUUCACUGCGACACAAAGAAAAAUGUAG